AGCAUGUAAAAAAAACUAAAUAAAUACACAUCAGAUACACUGUAUAUGUAGUAGAAAUAUAACAGAGAAAUGUCUCCACCCAGGUAUCAAUCAAUCACUUUACUUAUAGUGUCUUUUGUGCAGAUUAAAGUUCAGAAGAAAAACUACAGUAAUUGCUAAAAUAUAGAGCAAUAAAAGUAACGAUAAACAUUAUUGUAUACAUGAGGUCCCCCGCCUAUGUAUCAGUUAAUCUAAGAAGCUGCUUUUAUGUGCGUAUAAAAAGGUGAAUUCAGUUUGUUAUUUGCCAAAUAUAUAACAAUAACAAUUUUAGUUUAGUUUUUGAAAGAUCUAUGUAUGUCUAGUUUUGCUGGUCUAAUAAAUGUAUUAAGCUCUGUAUGUGUGUUUAAAUGUGUAUUAUGCAAGAACCUGAUGAUAUAUAAUACAAACCAUAUAUGAAUCAUAUCCUUCUGUAAAAGGCCUGUAUGACACAGACCAUAAUGUAAAUGUAAAAGGAAAUGAUAUUGAUAUAUUUUUAGAUUAAAUUGAAAGUGUGGGAAGUGGUGAUGUUGCAUUGAAUUGCUUUGUAGUGUCAAGUUUUCCAGCUAUUUUGUCCACCCCCUGAACUUUUAGCUCCUCCUUCAACUGAGUCACAUACACAAAUAGUGGGGAAGAACCCAAGUUCACUAACAUAGUUUAUUACCAUGAACAUAUUCUUAGACACUUGGAGGUGAAAAGAUAAAGUUAUCUGUGUCCUAGCCUCUUUCUAUAAUAGGUAUCUGGCAAGAGAAUGAAUGCUGAUGACUGCAAUGGGCGCGCAUACACACAAGGUAAUGGAGGAGAGUCAUCGAUGGUACAGGACUUUUACAGCACAUUGCAAGGCCCUUCAGCAAGAUCUCCAAACAGUCAGCAGUCCUCGCCACGCCGCUCCCUCAGUGCAAACUCCAUCAAGGUUGAACUGUGCAGCGAUGAUGAGUCACCAGGUGCUCCACAGCCAGAGAACAGAGACGGUGUGAGGGAAGACAGUGGGAAGGAUGACAGAGGGAACCUCAUGGAAGAAGGGAGUGCAGAGUUCACUGGCGCUCCAAGAGACGGAGUGAGCGCUUACAAUGAGAUGGCCAGUCCAAACUCGGCUUCACCAGGACCUAUCCGGCUUCCCAAUGGGAAGCUCCAGUGUGAGGUUUGCGGGAUGAUCUGCGUAGGCCCCAACGUGCUGAUGGUGCACAAACGUAGCCACACAGGUGAGAGGCCUUUCCAUUGUAACCAGUGUGGAGCUUCCUUCACCCAGAAGGGGAACCUGCUGCGUCACAUAAAGCUGCAUUCAGGAGAGAAGCCUUUCAAAUGUCACACGUGUAACUAUGCUUGUCGCCGGAGAGAUGCCCUGGCUGGACAUCUGCGCACACACACAGUCUCUUCUCAAACGGUGGGAAAACCUUUCAAGUGCAGCUACUGUAGCCGCAGCUACAAACAACAAAACACACUGGAGGAGCAUCUGGAGCGCUGCCACAGUUACCUGAAGAGUCUGGACCACCAGGCAGCCGUCAACACACAGACAGCACAGGGUGAAGAGUCGGGAAAUAUGGAGAUAAUUAAAAAACCUGUGCUCCAGCUGUCCAGUGAAAAAAUCCUACCUGUGGAUAGACUGGCUAUUAGUAUCACCAAACGCAAGAGGUCAACACCACAGAAGUUUUUGGGUGAAAAGCACAUGCACCUUGAUCUACCUGAAGCACCUUAUGAAUUAUCCUCUGGCUCUGAGAAAGAGGGCGACCUCAUGAGCUCUCAGCCUGCAGGAGAUUCUGCUGGGAUCGCUGGCUCGCACCUGCAAGGCACCAGGGGUAAAGGUGAGAAUCAUGAGGCACCUAUACUGUCUCAGCUCAAUCCUGCCUUUCUGACAGAGCUCCGCACAGUUAUGGGCUCCAUCAACAGCAACGUGACUCCUCAGGGCCCCAGAGCCCAUGGUGGACGUGGGCUAGCGGCUAUGUCUUUUGGGCUGGCAGGGCGGGAGGGAGGCGAAGGCCGCGUGGACCAACCCUCAGCUCAUAGCCAUACCACCUCCCCCAACGGCUGCCCCGACUCUACAGACACAGAGAGCACAGCAGAGGAGCAGAGCACAAGGGCUACAGCCCCAACAAGUACCUCCAACAAUCACCACCUCCACUACCAAACCCCAGCACUGCCCCGUGGCCAUCCCACUUCCAGUCCCAGCCAGGGCAAAUACUUGGACCCAGAGUGGGAGAGAGCAUGUCCUGUGCCCCCCACCACAGUAAAGAAAAACCCUGGCUCACCCCUUUCUUCCAGGGAGACUGCGCAGGUGUUAGACAAGGAUGGUAGGCCUGUGCGCUCCUUCCACUGCCGGCACUGCCGCAUCCUCUUCCUGGACCAUGUCAUGUUCACGAUCCACAUGGGUUGUCAUGGCUUCCGCCAACCCUUCGAGUGCAACCUCUGUGGCCACCUCAGCCAGGACCGCUACGAGUUCUCGUCUCACAUGAGCCGCGGAGAGCACCAGGUGGGCUGAGGGAAGGGGCUCAUGGCUGGAUGAAAGGAGAGGUGGCUGCUGCUUUCUAAAGUCGUGGACUCAUGUUUGUUCUGCACCAGAUGAAUUGCUUUAAAAUCCCUAGUGUAAGUAGGUUUUAAAAAAAAAAAAAAGAUUUGUGGUUUUAUUGUGGGUAGAUUUAUGAAACUACUUAAGAUACAAGCGAAUAUUUUCACCGCACUUUUAAAAGUUUAGUGGAGGCAAAUUACGUUUUAUGAUUGAUUGCACUCCCAUAUCAAAUCAGCUGGCAAAACCAGUGGUUUUGCUUCAAAAGUGCCUUCUUGGGGGAUAUCCUCUUAACUAAAAACUGGGGUGGUGAGGCAGGUGCUCCAAAACUUUGACUAGCCAUCUUUUCCUAAGUGAUUUAGUUAGCACUUUUGAGAGGUCAUGCACACAUGCAUUUAAGAAAAGCAUGGAAUUAAAAUUUUCAGAAUUGUAUUUGGUAUGCUUAGUAUGCACUAGGGCCUUUGUUCUUGUGGAUGAAGAGGGUAAUUUGUCUCUGGUGUCAGGUAAGUGUUACAUGCACGGCGAGCAUUGUGCUUCUGGGUCUUGCAGAAGCUUUUGUCACGGACAAAGCACUGGAAUGGAUUGCCUUAACUCCUACACUGGUAUUGUUGAUGUAGGAAAACACAUUGUUUACAGCAUGGUUAAAAAGUAUGUUCAGUCACCUCAGAGGAGAGAACAUUUACAGCUGCUCAGUGAGGAGGACUAUCAGGACAAAGAAAAAUCAUGAGGGAAGUGACCUUGAAAACAAUAACCCGAGGGUGAAAAGAGUCAUUAGUGGCUCAGAUGUAAAAAUAGAGUUUUGGACGUUAAAAGGGAGCCUUAGAAAACUGGUGCAGAUCAGACCAUGAGUAGUGUAAUGUACAGUAAGAGCCUGACUGAGAUGGCCCAGGGUGCUAUACCUAAAAACAGGAUUGCACUUUUAGGUUUCCUGCUUAUAUAUGAACAUCUCUGCUGAAGCACUUUUGACAGCUUUGCAAUUUUUGUUUUUCUUUCUGUGAUUGUUCUACUGCACUGAUGAAAUCACACCAUACUCGCGACAACUGAUCGUUUAAUUUGCAACACAACUGUAUUUUUAACGCAGCCGGCCUUCUUCUACGUAGGUCUACACUGAAGUUUGCUGCACAAUGUGUGAGUAAGACUUCAAGUCAGUUCAUCUGGAAUCAUUAUUUUGUGGGAUUUGCUGAGAUUUUUUAAACACUUUCCAUAAUGCAACUUAACAAAUUAUUUGGAAAUUAACAAAUCAGUUUGGAUCUGUUUAGUUAUCACUUGUGCUUAUCUAUUUAGUGUUGUUUGUUUCAGCCUUGGUGUAUUUAAUCAGCUAUAUUCCAAAUCUUAUCCAGCAUAUUCCUCAAGUCCAUGAAAUGUUACCUCCUGCUUCUUUAUAGCACCCAAAUACCUUAUUGCUACAGUAUGGUGAGUUAUCUGAUAAUGUUGAUAUUGGAAACAUGAAUGAGACCAAACUCAGUAUUCUUACUCGUUAUUGUGGGUUUGCUGCUUCAUAGUUUAACUUGAUUUCCUUUAAUUGCGGGCAAAAAUGUACUUGAAACCGAGAAAAAAAAAAAGACAUCUAAAAAUGCACUUGGUUUGACAAGUAGAGAAAUGUGUGUGAAUGGAUUAAAGCAUGUGUGCUUGUCAUUUUCUGCUUUUACCUGAAUUGUGAAUUAUUUUUGAAAUGUGAAGUAACUUCAAGAAGUGAAAAUGGGGCAUGGGUUUUUGUCUCCUCGUGUGGACUUUUCAAUGUGAUUACGAUAUUUUGUGAACAAUGUAACACGACAAAACUCUUUACCUCAAAGUCAAAGAUGUACAACUGCCUCAUUAUUUCAAAAAAGUCAUGUUGCUUUGCGAGAUGUUCUUGCAGUUACAAAUGCGUGUCCCUCGAUAUUCUCAAAACUUUUUACUGUCAAUAAAGUUAAGUUUAUUGUAAAA